AUGAAUGGGUUCCGGGCGUCAAGACAGUUCGUGAUAGCAGGCUCUGGUUCCGCCGCUGUAUCCGGGACAGGGACCCCGGUGGCGGGGCCCACAGGCCGCGACCUCUUCGCUGAGGGGCUCCUCGAGUUUCUGCGACCGGCAGUACAACAGCUCGACUCUCACGUCCACGCGGUCAGAGAGAGCCAGGUAGAGCUCCGCGAACAAAUUGACAACCUAGCUACAGAACUGUGCCGUAUCAAUGAGGAUCAGAAGGUGGCCCUGGAUCUCGACCCUUAUGUUAAGAAGCUGCUUAAUGCCCGCCGACGAGUUGUCUUGGUCAACAACAUCCUACAGAAUGCCCAGGAACGGCUGAGGCGGCUAAACCACAGUGUUGCUAAGGAAACAGCACGGAGGAGGGCAAUGCUGGAUUCAGGAGUUUACCCUUCUAGUUCCCCAAGCAAAUAACAGGACAGAAGAUGGGCCCAUGGCCUCAGUAGCACAAGUACUGUUCCUCAGCUGCCUUGUUUCAACAGAUAUAUGAAGAUUCCAGGAGACAAUCCUUGUAGACCUUGGGACCUCAACAGGGCAGCCCUAUGGUGUUUGAAACACAGUCUUACCCAU